AUCUAAGAGGGAUUUAGGUGUAUUUUCCAAUUCCAAAGAAGAAAGACUUUAGAGUUUUCUCUUCUUCAUCAAAUCAACGUGCAUCUUCAUAAUUUUUAGUGUCUGCGUCUGCUUCAUUCACUUCAAUCAAAGCACAGCCAUGACAGAUUCGUCGGGGACGACACUAAUGGAUCUGAUAACAUCAGACCCAUCAUCCACCUCAACUUCAUCACAGUCGACGACUGCUCCACCACCGAUAAUGCCUCAACAGUCGGCGCCGCCGCAUUCCGCAUCCACAGAUCGGAAGAAGAAGGGAACAUUGAUGCAGAUCCAAAGUGAUACUAUUUCUGCUGCUAAGGCUGUUCGUGCCAACAUUAUGCCUCAGAAACAAAAGAAAAAGCCAGUUUCUUAUGCACAACUUGCAAGGAGCAUCCACGAGCUAGCAGCCACGUCUGAUCAAAAAAGUUCUCAGAGGCAAUUGGUUCAUCAUGUUUUCCCAAAAUUGGCAGUAUACAAUUCUGUUGAUCCUUCUCUAGCACCAUCUCUUCUUAUGCUUGAUCAACAGUGCGAGGAUCGAACUGUUCUGCGUUAUGUCUAUUAUUACUUGGCCCGAAUUCUCUCAGAUAGUGGUUCGCAAGGUGUAAGCUCAGGUGGUGGGAUUCCUACACCAAACUGGGAUGCUUUAGCUGAUAUUGAUGCAGUUGGAGGGGUGACAAGAGCUGACGUGGUACCUAGAAUAGUAGAUCGGUUAACAUCAGAGGCCUUAAAUGAAGAUGUUGAGUUUCAUGCACGACGUCUUCAAGCACUAAAGGCUCUUACAUAUGCACCUUCUAGCAGCCCUGAGAUAACACAGAAGUUGUAUGAAAUCGUGUUUGGCAUUCUAGAUAAGGUUGCUGAUACACCACAAAAACGCAAGAAGGGCAUCCUUGGGACCAAAGGAGUUGAUAAGGAGUCUACGAUUCGGAGUAAUUUGCAAUAUGCUGCAUUGAGUGCGUUGAGAAGACUUCCCUUGGAUCCAGGGAAUCCAGCUUUCCUUCAUCGUGCUGUGCAAGGAGUCUCAUUUGCUGAUCCAGUUGCUGUGAGGCAUUCUUUAGAAAUUCUCUCCGAUUUAGCCACAAGUGAUCCAUAUGCAGUUGCAAUGGCAUUAGGGAAGCUUGUGCAGCCCGGUGGGGCUCUACAAGAUGUACUCCAUAUGCAUGAUGUUCUUGCUAGAGUUGCACUUGCCAGGUUGUGCCACAGUAUAUCCCGAGCUCGGUCACUAGAAGAAAGGCCAGACAUUAAGACUCAGUUCAAUUCAGUGCUGUAUCAGCUACUUCUUGAUCCUAGUGAAAGAGUUUGUUUUGAGGCUAUCCUUUGUGUGCUGGGUAAAGUUGAUAAUGCUGAGAGGACUGAGGAACGAGCUGCUGGAUGGUACAGACUGACCAGAGAAAUUCUCAAGCUUCCAGAAGCACCUUCAGCUAAAGACUCAAAUUCCGAAUCAAAGGAUGGAGCUCCUUCAAAGUCCUCCAAAGACAAGUCUUCAAAGACAAGGCGUCCUCAACCUUUGAUCAAACUUGUGAUGAGGAGGUUAGAGAGUUCUUUCCGCAGUUUCUCUCGACCUGUACUUCAUUCAGCCGCACGGGUGGUGCAAGAAAUGGGAAAAAGUCGUGCAGCAGCUUUCGCUUUGGGCUUACAAGAUAUUGAUGAAGGAGCUUAUGUUAAAACAGUUCCAGAAAAUAAUGACUCAUAUGAUCAGGAUCAUAAUGAAACCUCUCACCCUGAAGGUAUACGUCGAGUUUCCUCAUUAUCUAAUACCAAUGCUGCCAAGGACACGAUUGCAAGUUUAUUGGCCUCCUUAAUGGAGGUUGUGCGGACAACUGUUGCAUGUGAAUGUGUUUAUGUUCGCGCAAUGGUAAUAAAAGCACUAAUAUGGAUGCAAAGCCCUCACGAGUCCUUUGAUGAAUUAGAAUCCAUCAUCGCAUCAGAACUUACAGAUCCAGCUUGGCCAGCACCAUUAGUGAAUGAUAUAUUGCUGACACUUCAUGCUCGUUUCAAGGCUACUCCUGAUAUGGCAGUAACCCUUCUAGAGAUCGCCAGAAUUUUUGCCACCAAAGUUCCCGGAAAGAUAGAUGCAGAUGUGCUACAACUACUAUGGAAAACCUGUCUAGUUGGAGCUGGUACAGAUGGAAAACACACCGCACUGGAAGCAGUUACUAUAGUUCUGGAUUUGCCUCCUCCGCAACCUGGCUCAAUGUCUGGACUUACCUCAGUUGACAGUGUAUCUGCUUCUGACCCAAAGUCUGCUCUGGCAUUGCAGAGAAUGGUCCAAGCAGCAGUUUGGUUCCUUGGGGAAAAUGCAAAUUAUGCUGCCUCUGAGUAUGCUUGGGAGUCAGCAACCCCUCCAGGUACAGCGUUGAUGAUGUUAGAUGCAGAUAAGAUGGUUGCUGCUGCCAGUUCUCGUAAUCCUACUCUGGCUGGUGCUCUGACUCGGCUCCAACGGUGUGCUUUCAAUGGAAGCUGGGAGGUUCGUAUAAUUGCGUCCCAGGCUCUUACAACUAUUGCAAUUCGAUCUGGCGAGCCAUAUAGGUUACAGAUUUAUGAAUUUUUACAUGCCUUAGUCCAGGGUGGUGUACAGUCUCAGUUCUCAGAUAUGCAUAUUAGCAAUGGAGAGGACCAGGGAUCCAGUGGCACUGGCCUUGGAUCUUUAAUCGGUCCUAUGUUGAAGGUCCUUGAUGAAAUGUAUUCUGCGCAGGAUGAAUUAAUAAAAGAUAUGCGCAAUCAUGAUAAUGCAAAAAAAGAAUGGACGGAUGAGGAACUAAAGAAAUUAUAUGAAACUCAUGAGAGGCUCUUGGAUCUCGUUUCUCUGUUCUGUUAUGUUCCAAGAUCAAAGUAUCUUCCUUUAGGGCCAACAAGCGCAAAGCUAAUCGAUGUCUAUCGCACUCGGCAUAAUAUAAGUGCGUCAACUGGACUCAGCGAUCCGGCUGUAGCCACGGGCAUCUCUGAUCUUAUGUAUGAAUCUACUAACAUAAAAGCUGCUGAGCCUGAAUCAAUUGAUGAUGACCUUGUGAACUUUUGGGCUGCAAAUCUUGGUGAUGAUAGCUUGAACAAUGCACCUGCAAUUAACAGGGUCAAUGAGUUUCUUGCCGGUGCUGGUACUGAUGCUCCUGAUGUUGAGGAGGAGAACAUUAUUUCUAGACCUUCCAUGAAUUAUGAUGAUAUGUGGGCAAAGACUCUCUUAGAAUCUUCGGAAAUGGAGGAAGAUGAUGGACGAUCGUCAGGGUCUUCCUCCCCAGACUCAGUAGGGUCAGUCGAGACGUCUAUAUCGUCCCACUUUGGUGGAAUGAAUUAUCCGUCGUUAUUCAGUUCUAAACCAUCUACACAAUCCAAGGGGAAAUCUGGUGGGAGCAGAUAUAAUAAUAAUUCCUACAGUGGCUCCUCAUAUGAUGGCCCGGGCUCCCUGAUAAGAGAAGAGCCUCCUCCAUAUUCAUCACCUAUUAGAGAAAGAUAUGAGUCAUUUGAGAAUCCCUUGGCUGGGUCUGAUUCUCACAGUUUUGGAUCCCAUGAAGAGGAACGAGUUUCUUCUAGCAACCCACAGUCUGGUACAGCACUUUAUGACUUCACAGCUGGUGGAGAUGAUGAGCUUAAUCUGACAGCAGGGGAAGAGUUGGAAAUUGAGUAUGAAGUAGAUGGCUGGUUCUACGUCAAGAAAAACCGUCCCGGAAGAGAUGGGAAAAUGGCCGGCCUUGUCCCUGUACUCUAUGUCAGUCAAUCUUGAAAGCAUAGUAUUUGUUACCACAAGAUCCCGUUAGUCAAAUCUUGGUUUGCACAAAUUGUUGAAGCAACUACGGGCAUGUAGAGUUUUCUUAUCAAUGCACUGCUCAAUGGGUUCUGCUGUAAUCAGCUGAGUUAAAUGGACAUGAAUUAGGAAAUAUGCUCAUGUAUUUAUCUGAGAAAAUUCUGUUUCGCCGACAUUGUUGUAGCUGAUGAUCCAAUGGAUAUGACUUUAUACUUGGUAGGCAUGUCAUUUGUAGCUAAGGUCUACAACUUUGAUGUAUUUGCUGUUUUGUGCCGAGGAACCAUCUCACAUCUAGAAAGAACUUUUUGAUAGUAGUAUUCUUUUAAGGGGGGGGGGGGGUAUAAUUAUCAUGAAUUCUUUCCCGUUUGGUCAUGUUUGGCUUCUUGUUAUAAAGUGGAAGCAUGGUUUGUCAUGUGUUCAUUCUUGUCAAUGGUCCUGGCUAGUCAUCUCAAAAUUUUUUGUUUACUGUGAUGUGUUUUUUGAUCCGACAAAUACAAAUUUUAAUUCCCUUGA